AUGCUGCUUCAGCAGGCGUCGUCGUCGCCAGGUCCAAGUGGCACGGCCAGCCCCAAACUCACCACCAACUCUAGGCCCAAUCCGAGCCCCAACUUCAGUGCGAGACUAACAGGCAGUCCAAGUUUGAGCGAUGGUGCCUCGAGUUCGAGCAGCUCAAAGUUGGGAACCAACAGCCCAAGGUUGGGUGCAAGUCCCAAAUAUGGAAGUCCAGGGAUUGGAGGAAGCCCCCGGUUUGAAGGGAAGGGCGCUUUUGAGGACGAGGUCGCGUUGGAGAGGCUUCAGACGGAAUUAAAAGAAGGAUGGACGGUUCAUACAGGGAGAGAUGGGAGGCUGUAUUAUUGCAAGUAAGUACAGGAAUUGUAUUACGAAUGAAAUAAAUUCAAGAUUUACAAAGAGGUAAGCUGGAAAAAAUUAAUUUGAUAUAAUUUAUCAUUAAAUUUAACCCUUUCAAGAGGAGUUUUGAUUGGCUUAGAUAUAUUUUUAGAGUAAUUUAAAAUAUAUGUUAUUAUUAUAAACACGACGUAGGUUUGGCAUAAUUCGCUGCAAAAAAAAACAAAUUU